UAUUUAUGUACAAAUCAUCAGAAUAAUCCUUGGGCAAUCUAUAUUUGGUCACAAAUUGUACAUUCAAGUCUUUCAAAUAUAUUAAAUAAUAAUCAUAUAGAUAUUCUAUCCAAAAUUAAUGAUUGGAUGAAAAAUGUUAAAUGUGAUAUUUAUAAUCCAACAGAUAUUUUCACCAUUAUAUUAGUUAAUAAAUUAUUUGAAUUAAUACUUAUGAAAUAUUCCAGAUCAAUUAUGACGUUACCAAAUAUUGAUAUAAUUAUGAAAUUUAUCAUAGCUAUGCGUGAAAGUACAUCUCGAAGAAUAGAUAUUCAACAAAUUAAUAAUUUUAUUAACAAUGGUCUAGACACUAUUCAUGAAAUUCUUCAUUUAAAGAGUAAAUGUUCAUUAUAUCGUGAUUUAUUGACUGAUUCAAUUAUUUAUUGUUUUCUUCCUUUGAUCGAUUUUAAUAAAAUUCUUGGUUCAGUCGAUCAUCAACAAUAUAAAUUUCCAUUGACAACAGUAAAUAUCGAUAGUAUUGUUGGUUUACCUAAACCUAAAGAUAUUGAUAUUAGAAAUAUUGAAUCAAAUGAAGAAUUUCUUUUUCAAUUUAUUCAACAAAUAAAUGAAUGGUUUGAUUGGUUUGAUCGAUUUAUUGAUAUUUUUCAAUAUAUUAUCGUUUGGUUAAAAAAUCAUAAUGUUAAUUAUUCGAAUCAAUUAUUUAUUGAUUUAUUAAAUAUUCGUUAUGAUUCUAAAAUGACAUUUAUUGAGAUGAGAAUAAUUAUUGAUCGUAUUUUGAAAAUUUUACAACCAUUCAAAGAUCUUCAACAUCUUUGUUAUCUAUUCAAUUGUUUAAUUUCAUUAGAAAUACUUAAUCCAGGAAUAUUAAAUAUUCAAGAUAAUACAAUGAAAUUUCUUACAGAAUUAAAACGUUUUCAACCUAAUAAUACAUUUACAGUAGAAGGUAGAACUACUUAUGAAUACAUUAUAUAUAUUAGUGAUCGUCAACAAGUUCAAUGGUCAUUAGUAAGUGAAAAUUAUCCAUGUCAUAUUAAACUAGAAUAUCGAAUACAUGGAAUGAAUAAUCAAUAUGAAAUAUUAUAUCAAAAAGAAAAUGUUCCUAUACAUAAAAAUGUUCUUCAUGGUCAAUUUGAAAGUCAACGUAACGGUCAAUUAUUAAUAACUAUUAAUAAUAAAAAUAGUUCAACUUCAAGAAUUAUUUGGUAUCAAAUUAAAUCGAUCAGUCUAUCAACUUGCCAUUUAUUUAAUGGUAUUUUCAAUAUAUAUUAUAAUAAAUAUUAUCAUGAAACUUCACAAAUGAUUUCCGAACAAGAUUUUAGUCAAUUACUUGAUGAAGUUUUUGAUUUUAUAAAUAAACUUUUAAAUGGUAAUUUAAGUUUACGAGCUAUGACAGAAUUACGAACUAUUUUCUAUGAUAAAAAUAUUAAUAUUCGAGAAGAAGUCAAAAAAUUAUAUACAAAUUGUUUAAAUGAACAAAACAAUAAUAGAACAAAUAUUUCAACUAAUACGCUUGUUCAAAUUCCAGUUAUUCAUUCUAAUGAAAAAGAAAUUGAACAAGUUUGUAAAUGGUUACAAAUCUAUCAAUAUUAUACUCAUCUCAAUGUUAUUAUGAAAUGUAUUGAAAAAUUCGAUAUAUUAUCAUUAGAUAAUGAAGAAGAAAUAAUUAUUCAUUUAAGACAUUUAAGUAACAAUGAAAAUUGUUCAUUAAGAGAUAUAACUCAAGCUUAUCAAAUUUUACAAGAUUGUUUUCAAAAUUUAACUCAUCAACAUUUACAAUUAGUAAAAACAGUUGUCGAAUAUUCGAAUGUUAUUCAAAUGAUGAAAAAAUUUGAUCUUUAUUCUACUAAUGGACGACGUCAUUUUCAAGAAUUACGAGAUAAUUUAACAACACAAUUUCAAUUACAAGAAUUAAAUAAUAUGAUACUAAAUUCAUUGAUUAUAACAUAUACAUUAAUUGAACCAUUUAUUUUUAAAGCUAAAAAUUUCAAUGAUUUUAUUUAUCGUCUUGCUCAAUUAUCAAAUUUAGAAGAAAAUUCAUUAAAUCAUAUUAAAGUAAUUAAUGAUAAUAUAUCAAGUGUAACGAUGUGGUUAUCAGCUGAAGAAACAACAGUUUUAGACAAUGCUUUGAUUACUAUGGAACAUUUAUAUAAAAAUGGAAUUGUUAAUAUUUAUUUACGGCAUUUAACUAGAAAAUCAUCAUAUUAUGAAAUUGGUUAUUCGAUUGAUCGUAUACAAAAUAAAAUAAAAAAAGUCAAAAAUGAAAAUAAUCAGAAAGAACAAAUUGAAAAUAAUGAUGAAAUUAAAAUAAAAAAAAUUCAAUUUCUAUUAUCAAUGUCAGAUAUUGAUGAUCAUAAACGUCAAUUAACAUUUUGUAAUGUUGAUGUUCAACAAAAUUUAAUCUAUAAAAAAAUUUUAAUUGAUGGACAAUUAAAAAUAUUAAAAACAAUUGAAAAUAUCUAUGAUAUUUUUACUAAAUUAGAAUUAGCUGGUCAUCCUGAUUAUCAAUUACGAGAUGAACAUUAUGAAAUUCAUCUUCAACAAAGUAAGCAAAAUAAACUUCGACCAAUGAUGAACUCUAGUCAAUAUACUGAGUUCAAGGUACCUUGUUUC